GAGAGCAAACAGGCAGCGGGGCUGCCGGAGAAAGCGCCGUACGCACGCACGCACACGGCCCGCCGCUACCCAGCCGCGCCUCCCGAGCCCUCCGCGUAAACGCAGCAGCAGCGCCGCCGCCGCCAUCAUGAGCUCCAUCUUGGACGUGAACACCCUCUACGAGAACCUGCUGAACCUGUCGCUGAAAGAAGAGCCGGAGGCGCCGGGCGCCCUCCUCUCCCGCCGCCACUCGGCCUCCCCUUCGGAGACGCCCUACAGCAGCAGCGACCCCUCCCCGGUGUGGCCCCUCCGCAGCCACUGGAGCCCCGGCAGCGAGCAGCUUCACCCCAUCAGAGAGCUGGGGCGGCGGCGUCCCCCCGUGCGCCCCGACCGGUCGGUCAGCCUCAUUGAGGGCCGGGCCCUCCCCGCGCCCCCGCCGGGCUUCCCGCCCCUCCAGCAGUCGCCUCAGGCCCCGCCCCCCUCGUCCCGCUACAAGACGGAGCUGUGCCGCACCUUCAGCGAGACGGGCAAGUGCAAGUACGGGGCCAAGUGCCAGUUCGCCCACGGCGCCGGGGAGCUGCGCACCGUCAGCCGCCACCCCAAGUACAAGACGGAGCUGUGCCACAAGUUCUACAUCCACGGCGAGUGCCCCUACGGCUCCCGGUGCCACUUCAUCCACUGCCCGGAGGAGGCCCACUUCCACGCCCCGUCUCCCCAGCUCUUGCGCCAGAGCGUCAGCUACUCCGGGGUGCCGGGCCCCCGCCAGGCCUCCCCUUUGCCCGGCCUCCCCGACCCCGCCUCCUUCACCCGCGCCCCGUCAGUCUCGCCGCCCCCCACCUCCGCCGACCUCCUCUCCCCCACCUUCGGCCACCUGAACUCGGACCCCCUGAACUCCUUCCUUUCCACCUUGAGCGACUCGCUGUCUUCCGCGGGCGGCGGCUGCUGCUCGUGCCGCUGCGGACGGCCCGCCAGCCUGGCCGGCCCUUUCCAGACCAGCCGAGACUACUUCUCCGCCGCCCCCGGGACCCCGACCUCUGCCGCCGCCGCCACCCUGCCCAGAACACCGUCCUCCAACUCCCUCUCCGACCCCGAGAGCUACAGCAGCACCAGCAGCUUGAGCGGAUCGGACUCUCCCGUCUUCGACCUGCAACCCCCCGGCGGGCCGGUGGGGAACACCCAUAGGCUGCCCAUCUUUAACCGCCUCUCGGUCUCGGAGUGAGCGCCAGGGCCCUGGCCGGGGCCUUUCUCAACGUGGCUUUGGGUGGCCGUGUGGGUGGGUGGGUGCUGAGAUGUAUCUGUAUGUACGACCUUCCCUUUUGUGAGGGGGAGGCGCGCCUCAGCCCACCCUCCCUCCCGACACCCCCCGGGUGGCUUCUUCGGAGCGCUCAUUCCAGGUGUUUAAGCAGGGGCAAAGGCAGACCUGGGCUCCUGACACUCUCGCGGUCCAGGCCUUUGCAGACAGGAAGAGGAAGUCAAGGGGGGGCACCUCUUCCCCAGCCCUCCUCCCAGUUCCGGCCUUACAGCGCCCAAGUGUGCCUGGAAAACCCGCUGCCUUUUCGAAAAUGUAAAACCGUUCCGAUUUCUUGCAUUCCGGGCUGCCCAGACGCAAUGUAGUGCCUUAAGCAUGCAUGGAAAGGGGGAAACACCUUCUAUUGGUGUGGUACAGCAGCGGUUGGCAACUUGACCGGCCGGGCGACCCAAGCGGCCUUUCCGUGGGGACGGUGGGCCAGGUUCCCACGCCGUCUCCCCCCUCAGUAUUUACGCUCCCCGACGAUGGCUCCCCUCGUUUUUGUUCCCUGUCUCGGCAGUAGCGAAGACAAAAGCGAGGGGAGGUGGGCCGCUUCAUGAGCAAGCAGCCCCUCGGAACUUACCCACUCACCCAGCCCCGCCACCGAUCAAAGUGAGCAGGGCGUUCGCUCCAGCGCCUUCCCGCUUCUGGAAAGUGAGGGGGAACGGGAGCGGCGCACAGGGAGUAGGGAAUGGAGGGAGGGGGGCGGUCGGAGGGCCGGCUGCAGGCCAGGACAGCCCCACCGCCUUCCGGUUGCUGAUCUCGCCUCUGCUUUCUUAACGUGAGACUGCAUUAUUAUGGGCUGUUGUUGUUUUUAAAAAAUGUGCCUUGUAUCAAAGUGCCACAUUAGAUGUCUUGAGAGAAAGAGAAAAAGCAAAAUAUCUGUGCGGCUAAACAAUCUAUUUAUUCCGCGCCCCGCCCUGCCCCGCUCUCUCAAGGGUAAACGCCUUUUUCUCUCAUCCUGUGAAGUCCUACUAUUUGGAUCCACUGCCUUCCUCCUUUCUCCUCCUCCUCCUCCUCUCCCCUAUUACUCUGUCUCCCCCCACAAUCUACCAAAGUUUUUAGCUGUGCUGAAAUGGGGGGGAGAAGCAGGGCGCUUCUCUUUUUCGGCAUUCUGUGCCUGAGCAUUACACAAGUGAACUUUCGGCUGUCCCAGAUGGCUUCAGGAGAAAACACACGACAGUUUCCCUUCCGAUGUAGCAGAUUCUUUCUUUUCUUUCUGAGAGUUUGCAUAGCAGUUGGAGGGAAAUCUGAGAAGGGCGAAUGAGCCAGGACUUCCAAUCCUGGUAGCUGUUUGUAUGCCUUGUUUUUUUUGUUUGUUUUUACUUAUUUUGAUUUUAAAAUACUUUGUUAUAACAUACUGUGAAUACCCCUCCCCUGUUUAACCCCCAGAUAACAAGGGGUUGCAGGUUUGGAGGAGGGGCAGCUGAGUUUUCAUCUUUCCCUCCACUUCAUUGCCUUUCUUGCCCUAAGGUCUUGGGACCUUAAAGCAGCCUGUAGCAUUUUCAAGGCAGUUCACUUCUUUCUAAAACCUGGGUGCGAAUCCCAUGUCUCAAGUACAGACCCCAGUGAAUUCUCAGGGCGGACUUUUAACGAAAACCACCAGGUUCAAACGUAGUCAGAGACCCGAGUCUGGAACUAACUAGAUGGAUUGAGUUCAAGACAACUUUCCAUUCAGGCCCUUGGCCCAAAGCAGAUAGUUGAGCAGGGUCAAAUUCCCCAUCCCAGCCUAGCCCUGGAUUGUCCUUGCUAAGAGACGAAUCUAUUUAAGAGCCAGGUAAGAUGGGGAUUACAACCCAUAGAAGUUAGGGCUGUUCCAUAGACUAUUUGGACCUGCAUUUGACUGGAUGUACAUCUCCUUGGUCACCCCAGGAUAUGUUUGACACCAUCUGUUAUUCCCAUGAUAAUAACAUCCUUCACUCCAGUCUCUGCUGCGUUUACAGAAUUAUGGGAUCGUUCGGCGACUGGAAGGAGCUGGAAUAAUAUAGUUAGGGGCUCGGAUAAUUAGGGGUUUUUGAAGCCAUUACAUCUGGCUGGUUGUUGUUGUUCUAAUGGGAUAAAAUUGCAGUGGCACUAAGCCUGGACAUGAGGGGGUUCAGAAUUCACCUAAGAUCACAAAGAAGGGAUUCUCUGCUUAUAUUUUAAAGAAAAACACCCCGAAGGGGGAUUGCUGUUGAUUCAUGGUAACCGCCCUGGAUGAACAGUCUAACAAAUCCCUGUUCAGGUAUCUACAGCCAAUGUUGCUUUGUCAAAUCAAUCCAAGCCAUCUGACCUGAAUUGAGACCGUUGUGUGCUUGGUCAUUUUGCACUGAUGACCAUCAGCUACAAAAGACGUAGAACAGCAGAGACCAGAGGGGAACGGGGCGGUGGGUGGUGGGCGAACAGCUUUCUUUUAUAAACCAAUGUUGAUGCUAACCACCUGCAUAUAAUUAUUGUGGGGGGUGUUUUUUUAAAAAUAAAUAAAUAAACCCUCAAUGUUUACCUUGUAAUAAGGCGAUACGCGAACCAAAAUGUCAACUAUUUAUAGACUAUUUAUUCAGAAUUUUAUAUUGUAUUUAUCUUUUUGUAAUAUUCCAAAAUAAUAUAUUAUAUAUAUAUAUAUAUUUUUGUGUGUGAAAUAUGAAAAAGUGAUGUGCUAAAAUUUUAAUUGUUAAUAUGUUUGCAUUUUUUUUCUUUGCUAGAAAAAAAAAAGAAGUUUGCUACUUUUUUUCUGGAACUCAGAAUUUCAGAUAAAAAUAACGGUGCAGCCAACAAGUAAUAAUAACUAGAAUAAAGAAUUCCAAGAUUA